AUGCCGCAUCUCUUCUCAUUCGCCGGCCAUGACGACGAUGCUGCUGCUGCUGCUGCUGCUGCUGCUGCUGCUGCUGAGACGCAAGAGAUGGGUCAGGACCUGCCUCCGAGUAAGCGGAUGAGGCGGCAGUCGUUGCUGAGGAAGCCAUUGGGUCUGUUGAGGAGACAGUUUCAUUCGCCGCGGAGGCAGGAUGCUGGGGAUACCAAUGCUGCCGACGACCUGGCGCCGACGACGGCUCCGCCUGAACUGGCGAGUCUGCCGGAGUACUUCCCUCCCACGAGGAGGCCUAGCUUGCCGGACAUUGUGCCUGCUGGUGGUGGGAGGAGAGCUAUUCCCUCCGUACCUCGUCCGCAGACAUUCACAAGGCGAGAAUCGGAGAAGCGGGAGAGGUUGUUGGAGGUCGAGCCUUCGCACAAUGAGAGGAGAACGUUGAGCGCGGAGCGUCGAAGGAGCCGUGAAUUGAGUGCGGCGGGCCUACAUCCACGACCUGCUUCUCCGAAGCCUGCCACCAUUCCUCCAUUAUCUGCCCCCGAAGUCUCCCGAUCGAAUGGCUCAGAUUCUAUACUUCCUGCUCCCGACCUUCCUCCGCCUUCAGAUACUGCUGAACCGAAAGCAUCUAGAAAGGACCUUCCGCCCUUAGACAUCCCGAGUGACCUCUCCCAAUUAGACCUCUCUGACGACGACGACGACAACGACGGCGAAAGCUUCUCCCGCUCUUUCCGAUCCCCUCUCGAGCAAGAAUUCGAAUCCCGCUGGAUCCUGAAUCUGAGCAUGCACUUCCGCGAUAAAUCCAACCGGGAGAAAUUCUUCGUCACGUUUGCCGAGAAACCGAAUCAAUGGCGUCGAGUGACCGUCUCCCUGGACUAUCGGGAAGCACCGCCCGAAUCUCUCGAAGCGGAUCUCUCGACUUUGUGUCUUCAGAGGGAUAAGUCGCUGAGGAUAUAUGAAGCUAUCAGGGAUUCGUUACCGGAUAUUCAGUACUACGAUACCGUUACAAAUCUCAAACUGGAGACGGAUCCGUCGGAUGGACAGCUGCAUGUCCAUGUGAGGGAGGAUGCGAAUGAGAUUAUUCAGUUUCCGAGGCUUGGGCUGUUUGACCAUGUGAGCUGUCCGAGGUAUGCGGAGGGAAGCUUGGAAUUCGUGGGUCAUCUUUCUGGAUUCGUGUACAAAGUGCUUCUUGGAGCGGGGAGGGAAAGGAGGGUGGUGAUCAAGAAGGAAAUCCCGGGGCCGGACACGGUGGAUGAGUUUCUCUACGAGGUGAAUGCGUUUGAUUCGCUUCUGGGGUGUGAGAAUGUCACGCAACUCGAGGGUCUGGUCACGGAUGAUCGAGGAGAGGUGGUCAAGGGAUUACUCAUCUCGUAUGCGGAGAAGGGAGCGCUGGUGGAUCUCAUCUACGAUCUGAAAGGGACACGAGAGCUACCUUGGUCGAGAAGAGAGAAGUGGGCGAGGCAGAUUGUGAAUGGACUUUCGAACGUCCAUGAGGCGGGAUUCGUCCAGGGUGACUUCACGCUUUCCAACAUUGUCAUCGAUGCGCAUGACGAUGCGUACAUCAUCGACAUCAACCGACGGGGAUGUCCCGUGGGGUGGGAGCCUCCCGAGCUGAGCAGGCUGAUUGACAGCGAUCAGAGGAUUGGUAUGCACAUUGGCGUCAAGACCGAUCUCUUCCAACUCGGCAUGGUGCUAUGGGCGCUUGCGGAGGAAAGCGACGAACCAGAGCGGGAGGAAAGGCCGCUUGCGGACGUCUCUGACGGGAUCUCGGACUACUUCCGUGAGAUUGUACGCAUCUGCCUGAGUGAGCGUCCGCAAGGACGUAUGUGUGCGAAGCAGUUGCUGGGCCGGUUUCCCGAGGUUUCCGGAACUUCUCCGUGCCGCGCUUCGUGGCAGGAAAAUCUGCAGGUGUCGGGUUGUAGCGAGUCGACGCAUCGGUCUGCGAAGGAAUAUAUCGAUCCUCAACUCGCUGUCACGAUUGAUGAAGUGCGAAGGAGACGUGCGCCGGAGCAGCACCAGAAUCACCAGCAGCAGCAGCAGCAGCGGCAGGAUCUGGUGGAAUAUGUGAAUCCGGACUCUAACCCUGCCUCGAGUACCUACCGGUUCGAAAGCUCGGGAUCCUGGGUCGUUGGGCGGGAACGGAGUCGUGGUAGGUCACCCGUCUCCCGGAGAUCGCGAAGACGAAGUUCACCCCAUGGCCGGACGAUCUCGAGUGCCACUUCGGUCUCUGUGGGGACCACGUCUCCCAGAAGAGAAGACAAGACUGCUCCUCCGCUGGUGGAUCGGCGGCUCGCUGCCAUGCGGAGCGAAGGGCAGGACCAGGACCCCGCCUCUCUUCUUGUCCAUUGCGAUUCCGGCUUUGAUGAGGUGAUGGAUGAUGAUGAUGACGAUGAUGGGUUGGACGUGAGCUUCCCGCAGCUCACGGAUCGGAGCGAGGUGCUGUUGGAACGGGCACGGUUCAAGAAGACGUACAUGUAUGUUCCCGAGGACGACGACGACCCUUCUGAUGCUGGCGAUGUGGUGCCCGAGGAGUCUGCUGCUUCGCCGCCGGCAGUGGAGGAGGACGCGGGCUUGCCGCCGACUCCCGCUUCUUGGCAUACUGCUCUGGGGAGUCCGGGGGAGGCGGAGGAGAAGGAGGAGAGGAAUGUCUCCGAGGAAGUCGUGUCGGUGGUGGAGAAGGAGGUGGAGGAGGGGGAGGAGAAGAAGAGGAUUGAUGAGGGAGCAAGUCACGGGUCUACGACGUAA